CACCAGCUACGUAAAGCAUUUUAAUUAUUUGGACCACACUUAGAGCUUUUUUAUUAAGGUACAUGCAAGUUUCUCAUUAGGUAAUCCUUUCGUCAUGUAUUAACAGUAUUUAACCUAUCCACUCGGCGUUCCACAAAAGCUAACUUACCUACACAAUGCAUAACCAAUAUAGGGAACAAAGCAUUUCACUCUUGGACAAACUUGUACGAUGAACUUCACGUAGCAAAGUACUCAUAAUAAAAGUAGGCAAUCGGUUGCUACAAUAAGGAACUUGUGACUUUAUUGAGUACCGCCAUGAAGAAGCUGCUGAGGAGGAGCAACACCCCACUGGACACGAACAUCGUCUUCCUGCACAAGCUCUUGAUCGCCGGCAUGCUGGUUGUCUUCGCCUACUGCAAAUACGCCCAGGUUGAACGCCAGAGCCCAUCCUGUUCUGGCUCUGGAACGAUCGACUUAAAACACCAAAGGAAACUACGUCUCUGCAUCACCACCGCAGCCUUUGUCGAGCACGAAGGCCAGAAGAAAUAUACCAAUGGCUUCGGUCUGUAUCUGCCGGGAGUGCUGUUCAUCGUGGCGUCAUUGUUCCUCAUCCCGCUGAAGUACCAGGAAUUCUACGAGGAAGAAGAACUGGUGGAGCUGUUCAAGAGGGCGCAGCGACUACCCAGAAGCGCGGCCAUCAGGAACAUUGACGUCAUUAUGAGUUAUAGCUACCACAUGAUGAGCAAAAGAGUACGCCUGUCAUAUCAAUGCCUGGAGGUCGAUUUUUUUAGUCUCAUUAUCUUGGACAUGAUAUCCUCCACUAAUCUCUUCUCCAAAAUCAUCGUGGGUGUCAUAACAGAGGGCUGGGACUACGUGAUGGACGUUUGGCGCCUGACCUACCCGACCAACGUGAAAUGCGAGAUCGGCCCCCAGAUGGUGUACUCAGCCAGUAACACCAAGCACUACCGCUGCACCAUCCCACACAACGAGAUAUUCAAGUAUAUUUGGACCGUGGCCGCUAUUAUCCUCUUGAUUUCAAUGUUGCUAAGUUUGAUUUCCUUGGUGUAUCACAUGCUACAAAUGCUUCCAUUCAGACGCAGGAAAUUUCUUCGAGGAAUUGUGGAAAUCGACAAGGACACAAUGGAUACCCUGGUGAAAGAACUUCCAGGAGGCAAUGACAGUUUGUUCCUCCUCAGGUCAUACCUCAUACGACUGCCUUGCAAGGAACUGCGCAAGGGUGUGGUGACGGAGUUGAUGAAAAUUAUCAAAGAGACUUCCUGGUGAAAAGAUAAAUGUGCAUGCCAGAGUGUGGUGUUUAUCAUAGUAGGUCACAACACACUCCCUUUUAUCACGUCUUUUGAGUCAGUGUGAAUGUUUGUUUGUUGUUUCCGUGACUGGACAGCGUUUUACCUCAGGGCGUGGAUGCCAAGCGAGUAUUGCAUGACUGAUUGUAUCUUAUAUAACUAAGUUAAAGGAAAAACAACUGUUAGCAUUUUAAUUACUGUUGGAGAUUUUGUAAGAUUGUUUUUAUUUCAAAGCAAGGUGAGGCAAUGGACGCUGUACCUUGUUUGAUAUGUGAUUGCCCUGCAUCCUAUCCCUCAGUAGGUCUCUACCUACAGUUAAGAGUGAACCAUAUGUACAACAUGGAAGUGAUAAACUUUUUUCUGCAUUAGGAAACUCUGUAUUAAUGUUUCUUUGAUAUUUUUUUCACUGGUUUUACUGCAUGCCCUAGAUUGUUUAAUUAAAGGAUUAUAAUAUUGGUUUGGCACAUCAUUGCUGGUUUUACUGCAUCCCCUAGAUUGUAUAAUUAAAGGAUAAUAUUGGUUUGGCAU